AUGGCAGACAUCCACAGCCUCCCCGUCGAGAUCCUGUAUCUCAUCCUCUCCUUCAUCUGCACAAGUCCACCGCCGACCGCAGACGAGCGCGCACUGCGAGACCUCCCCAGCCACGCCGUAACGUCUUCCAAAACGACCGACCUCAAGAGCGUCUCGCGCGUGUGCCGCCAGUUUCGCGAGUUCGCCCGCGAGCACCUGUUCAGCUUCUGCCGCUACGAGCUGCGCGACCAGGACCGGUUCCUGGCCUUCAUCAGCCGAAAUGGCCUAGCAGAGCACGUCGAGAGCGUCACCGUCUCUGUACGCAGCAUAUUCCCCGGCAGCGAGAAGGAGUUAUGGUGGAAGACGCUGUUCAAGGCCCUGGACCCGACAACCGUCACUGUCGUUGGGCCGCCGUUCAUCAUCGCAGACAUGGCACAGUGCAACCUCCAGGGCGACAAGUGGGCAUUUGACAUGCCGCUGCAGACCAUCCAGUUCCGUCAGCAGCGAGCUCAGCAGCCUGAUACCCAGAUGAUACCAGUAGCAGCGCCAGCUGAGGGAGACAGUAGCAGCAGCGGCGGCGACGACGACGACGAUAGCUUUCUCACCGCGAAGCCGUGGACACAGCUGCUGUUCAACGAGGGCUCGUCUCUGCAGGCGUACAGCGUAGAAGACUACUUCCGUCUGCGGCCUCCAUCCAUCAUCAACCACUGGGGAUCCGUCGACCCCUUACAGGCCGUCGACCUCCCGUACCCUGCCUCUGCCAUCUCCCGAUUGACCUCGUUCCGCUACAUUGCCGUGUUCCCUUUCUACAGCCAUACUAACCUCGUGCUUAAGCUGUUUCGCAGCAUGACCAACCUGCGCUCUCUGGCUCUACAGCUCUCGCCGCCAGAGUGGAGCGAUAUCUUUGAAAGGGAGCAGAAGAGCUCGACUAUGGAUCCCGAGAAUGCCUGGAUGGAGCUGGAGACGGGGUACUCUCUUGUGCCUCAUUCGGUGCGGUAUCUGGGUGUCCAUGGCCAGCUGGUCGAGUUCAGAGCCCUGGAUUAUAACUUGCCGCCGCAGAGGAGCUAUGUGUUCAGAACCAUGCAUCAUGUUCUCAGUCUCGCCUGGCAGCACGAUGGCCACGGCCGAUGGGUCAAGCGGCCGGUUGCUCCGGGCAGUUCAGAGUAA